GACACGCGCGCGGGACUCGCCGAGGGCAGCGGGGGCAUGUCCACGUGCGAAGACUUCGGGAAGGAGCCCCGGGUCCUCGUCGUCGGCGAGGAGGACGCGGGCGACAGCGACGACUUCGUGCCGCCAUGCAUCGGCCGCUGCCUGAUGUUGCCGCCGAGGGGCGUCGUGGAGGGGAUGCGGUUCGAGCUGAUCCUGCGUGACGGCGUGCCGCUGAGCGACCUGGACCAGAACAUCCGCUUGGCCUGCGCGGAGGGGCUGCCCAGCACGCUGCCCGACACCACCGGGCCCGUGCACGUCAGGAUAGAGGUCAGGCGGGUGGAACCGCCUCUGCAAGGCCCGUCCACGCCCGGCUGGGAGGGCCUGCCGAGCCUGCGUCAGGAGGCACAGCGCGCCGAGGAGCUCGAGCUGAUGGAGGGCGGCAGGCACAGGGCCAUGGCGCUGAGGCGCUGGCGGCGGGUGCUCGCGUGGCUCGGGCAGCUGCUCAGAGCCCGGCGGUGGCAGCUCCAGGCCAGCGACGGUGCGGCCGACGCGGACGGCACCAUGUACGACCUGGAAUGGGACGACGAGGAGAGCGACGGCGACGCCGACCCUGGCGGCCCCGGCGGGCCGCCGACGACGACAGGCCUGGACGAGGCCCCGCUGGCGGUGCCGGCGGUGGAGGAGCGGUGCCUCCUCCGGCUUCGGGCGCCCUCUGCUGCCGACGGCCCGAAGGUCCCCGGAGGGCCCGCGACAGUAAGCGAACGUCUGCG